AAACAGAAUGAUGAGAAGAAGGAGAAGAAUAAAAAGAAGAAGAAGAAGGAGAAGAAGAAGAAUAAAAAGGGGAGGAAGGAGAAGAAGAAGGAGGAGGAGAAGAAAAAGAAGAAGAAGAAGGAUGAGAAGAAGAAGAAAAAGAAGAAGGAGAAGAAGAAAGAGAAGGAGAAGGAUGAGAAGAAGGAGAAAAAGAAUGAUGAGAAGAAGGAGAAGGAGAAGAAUAAAAAGAAGAAGGAGAAGAAGAAGAAGAAGAAAAGAAGAAGGAGGAGAAGAAAAAGAAGAAGAAGGAUGAGAAGAAGAAGAAAAAGAAGAAGGAGAAGAAGAAAGAGAAGGAUGAGAAGAAGGAGAAAAAGAAAGGAUGAGAAGAAGAAGGAGAAGAAGAAGGAGAAGAAGAAAGAGAAGGAGAAGGAUGAGAAGAAGGAGAAAAAGAAUGAUGAGAAGAAGGAGAAGAAUGAGAAGAAGAAGGAGAAGAAGAAGGAUGAGAAGAAGAAGGAGAAGAAGAAGGAUGAGAAGAAGAAGGAGAAGAAGAAGGAUGAGAAGAAG